AGACGGUUUCGUAAUAUCACAAAUCAAUUAAUCAAUCUCCUACCUUCUCUUUUUUAGCUCAAUUGUAAUUUUUAUAAUUACUCUCUAAUCAUGUUUUCCACCAUUGCUGUACCUUCCGGCAAAGCAAAUCCGCAUCGGCGGGAAGUCUCCGCCGUGCCGGAGAGCGAGGUGCUACGGAGAAGAAACGAGGAAUUGGAGAAGGAAUUGAAGAAGAGCAUUGAAAGGGAAGAGAAAAUGAGAGAGGAAUUGCAGAAGACAUGGGAGAGGCUGAGGGUGGCGGAGGAGGCGGAGGAGCGGCUCUGCUCUCAGCUCGGUGAACUUGAAGCGGAGGCUGUUGAUCAGGCUCGGGCAUACAGGACACGUGUUAUCAAUCUGAUGGAUCAACUCUCUUUGGCUCAGAAAUUUCUCGAGUCCGCUUCAAUUUCUGUCCCUAAUUUUCAAUGAUUUAAAACUAGGUGUAGAUGUGUUAGAACUUACAACGGUUAUUUGGAUGGUAAAUAUCCUUCAAUUUUAAUUUUAAAAUUAUGGGCUCGAAUCAUCAACAAGACAAUAGAACAUGAUUAAUUGAAAUUGUGGUCUCGAAUUAUCAAUGAGAUAUGGAACAUGCUUGUAAAAUUAUGUGUAAAUUGUAAUAUAUUGUUGGUGAGGUUUUUGUUUCUUUUGAUCUUCUA